AUGUUUUCCUCCACAAGUUUCCGUCCCCUUCCUCUGCUCCAGGUCCCGCCCAGAACAGUAGCAACCCUCGGCGGUUCCUGUUCUGGCGGAGGGGCAACUUCCUCGUCACGAAUACGCAACGUUUGCGCUGGUAUGCUAUCACCCCCGUAUCCGCAACCGGCAAUAAUAUGCGCAGACGGAAAAAGUUCUGUUGCUCCUGCCGGGCCAUCAAUCUUCAAUAUGGACCCCUGGUCUGUUUUUCGAUCCGAUCAGUCAGACGUGAGGCGGUUUUCAGCAGACGAGAGGACGCUAGUGAUGCGAGUCCUACCACAGUUCCGAUCGUUUGCUUUCACGGCCCAGGCUGCGCAGGCCUUGAAAACCCUGCGCGAGGCUGUGCCGCCAAAAAAGAAGGUAAUCCAGCUGUCCAAGAAGGAGCGGAAACAGCUGCAGGGAAACAUCGGGAAAUACGCAAACAGCGCGGGGAGACCGGAAUUCCACAACGUGGAUUUGGAUCGGCACGGCCGGAUCUGCGAACCGACCGACGUUUUCGAAAUUGUCAUCACCACCAGCAAAAACAACGUCUGGAUCGUACCAAAAUACUUGUUUUGACGCCUCAGUUUGUUCUAUGGCGGAUGAUGAUUUUUUUGGUAGCUAUUACAGUACCGAAGAAGCUUGCGCCAUAUUGAUUUUUCUGUUUCAGAGACGGGGUCAGCGACAGCACACUACGUACUGUCACCUUGAGCGUUCAUGCCUACCUGUGCUUUGAUUUGACUCGCAAAAGCAAAAACUUCCAGGUGGUGAACAACAAAGCACGGGAAGGCCGCACGGUUUUCUCGUCCCACGCCGGCAACGUAGGACUGCGCAAGUCCGGCCGCCGCACCAUCGACGCGGCGCACCGAAUCGCGUCGAACAUAGCGCGCAAGUGCAAGCGGCUGGGCGUGUCGGUCUGCGAAGUCCGGUUCCGCUGGCUGAUGAAGGUGGAAGCUAUUCUGCAGGCCUUCCAGGCGCAGGGACUGCACAUCACCCGAGUAACGCACGUCCCACGGCUCCCCAAGGGAGACCCGCACAAGUGUCGGAAGAGGAGGCGCGUGUAGGGACGUACUGCACCGGAUGUUGACCACGUCCUUCAUUCCUACUCUUACUGCGCAAUACGAACUCAUUUUUGUGCAGUAAAUUGAACGUCAUUUUUUGCUUCGUCCACGUACUAACUGAUGAGCCCAGGAUAUCGUGCGACAUAGAAAUGCCCGCGUGAACUUCGUACUACUUGAGACAGAAUCGUGAAAAUUUCAAAAUCUGUAGAGUACACACAACCACGCGCGCAACGUUCUGAGACAAUGUUACGACUGCGCAAGCAUGAUCGGUUUCGCUUUUAUUUGCUG